AUGGAGACCGCUUCCUCAGAUGAACUUUUCUCCAUCCUGAUAAUAAAUCCCAAUACCUCCACUCACAUGACUGAUACCCUCAAAUCCCUGAUCCAAAACCUCAAUUAUUUAAAUACCCAUAUCGAUUAUUUUACUGCACCGAAAAAGUCAUCAGUUGGGCCAGACGGGGAGGAAAUAGAGGGAAUUCCCAGCAUCAAUUGCAAUUCUGAUGCAUUCCUUUCUGCGCUCCACUGCUUACCCCAUUUGAAACCUCUGGUACCCAAAUACGACGCAUUUCUGGUCGCUUGUUACUCAGCCCAUCCGCUUGUGGGUAUGCUGAAUAAAGAGGUUGGCAUCGAUCCAAUGGUUCGAGGUGGUGAAGGUCAAUGUCAAUCCAGAAAGAAGUAUGUAACGGGUAUAUUCGAAGCGAGUGUGUCGAAAAGUAUCUCCAUACUACGCUCCUCCGUGUACUCUUCUAUUCCAAAUGUUGGAAAAGCCAUUGGGGAACCUGGUAGUAAUUCAUCAUUUGGAAUUAUUUCUACGGGAGAGGUAUGGAAGGAUAUAUUUAGAUGUGCUGUACCGGAUUUACUGCGCCAGCUAUCAGGUAUCGGAGUUCAUGAUGAUGUGAACCUGGAGCCAUUAUUCGCUGGCGUUGAGACGACAGGAUUGAGCGCGGCUGAGUUGCACACAACACCAGCAGAAGAGGUCGAGAGACGAAUGGUGGAAGCAACAGAGCGAUUAAUCAAGAGCACAGAUAGAUCAAUAGUAGCCAUAUGUCUUGGAUGUGCUGGAAUGGCGGGUAUGGACAAAUCUGUCCGUCAAGGCUGUCAAAGGGCACUUGGACGGGAGGAGGGAGACAAGGUUAUCAUUGUCGAUGGAGUUACUGCUGGGGUUGAGCUGUUGAUUGCCGCAUUAAAUCAGGCUGAUAUUACGCCUAACACAUGCAACACGACGACGCGUUUCCUUGAACAAAACCUCCAGCCUCACGCAACAUCGACAAGAUGCCAAGGUCAGUCGAAUGCAUAUGCCGUUUUUUGUGGUGUCCAAUAUCUUGUUGCGGUUCUUUUUCUCACUUUUCCUCUAAUCCAUUCAAAUUCCAGGGAAAUAAUCACAAUCCAAGCAGGCCAGUGCGGCAACAACGUUGGCAGUCAGUUCUGGCAGCAGCUCUGUGUUGAACACGGGAUUAACCAAGAUGGGAACUUGGCCGAAUUUGCGACCGAGGGAGGAGAUAGAAAGGAUAGCGAUGAUACUCGAUAUAUUCCCCGCGCUAUAUUACUAGACUUAGAACCUAGAGUUCUCAAUACAAUCCAAACCGGCGCAUAUCGCAACAUCUAUAAUCCCGAGAACUUCUUCAUUGGCAGACAGGGAAUUGGUGCCGGGAAUAACUGGGGAGCUGGAUAUGCGGCUGGUGAGAUUGUGCAAGAAGAAGUUUUUGAUAUGAUUGAUCGUGAAGCCGAUGGGAGCGAUUCAUUAGAGGGAUUUAUGCUGCUUCAUUCUAUCGCAGGUGGAACGGGAUCCGGACUUGGGAGCUAUAUUCUUGAACGAAUGAACGAUCGCUUUCCCAAAAAACUAAUUCAGACUUACUCUGUUUUCCCUGAUACACAAGCGGCGGAUGUUGUUGUUAAUCCAUACAAUAGUUUGCUGGCCAUGAGGAGAUUAACCCAAAAUGCUGAUUCAGUGGUUGUCGUGGACAAUGGUGCCCUUUCCAGAAUCGCAGCAGACAGGCUACAUGUACAAGAGCCCUCAUUCCAGCAAACUAACCAAUUGGUUUCUACGGUCAUGUCUGCGGCUACCACCACCCUUCGAUACCCCGGCUACAUGCAUAACGACCUUGUCAGCAUUCUCGCUAAUCUAAUCCCAGACCCUCGAACGCGUUUCCUCAUCACAUCAUACACCCCUUUCACCAGUGACAAUGUCGAACAAGCAAAGACCAUUAGAAAAACCACCGUCCUAGAUGUUAUGCGUCGACUCCUCCAGCCCAAAAAUCGCAUGGUGUCAAUUAGCCCCAGCAAAACCAGCUGCUAUAUAAGUAUAUUCAAUAUAAUCCAAGGAGAGGCUGCUCAAACCGAUGUCGACAAAUCAAUUCUCCGCAUCCGUGAACGCCGUCUGGCCACUUUCAUCCCCUGGGGACCAGCCAGCAUCCAUGUAGCUGUUCCCAAGCGGUCACCAUACCUACCAAACACUCAUCGUGUCAGUGGUUUGAUGUUAGCAAACCACACAUCCGUGGCGACCCUCUUCAAGAGAAUUGUUAGCCAGUACGACAGACUGCGCAAGCGGAAUGCGUUCUUGGAGCAGUAUAAGAAAGAACCCCCCUUUGCUGAUGGAUUGGGAGAGUUCGACGAAGCUAGAACUGUCGUCAUGGAUCUCAUUGCGGAGUACGAAUCUGCGGAAAGACCCGAUUAUGCCGGUGGUGGUACAGAUGUAGAGGACAGCUAA